AUGGUGGCCAAGAAAUGGCUGCGGGAUCCAAGUCGUACUUGUAACCCUUAUCAAGCAUAUAAAUGGGUAGAUAGUUUUGUCGAUAUGGAAAAAUUGAAUGCCGACUGUAUCAAUGAUACAAAGAUUGACGACUCGAGGUUGGAAUCUACAACAGAAGUAGAAUUGAACACUGAAGAAGAUCCAGAAUGCAGAAAGAUCCUAAGCCGAGCGACAUGGGCCCGGAAAUUACUGCACAUGACCGAAGACUCACUGUGGUACGAACGUAUCGGCCAAACGUUCUUUCAAGCCAAUAAAUUCACAAAGGCGAUUGAGUAUUUCGACAAAGCUAAAAGCUUUCCAUCCUGCCACUGGACGGUGCAUGAAUUUCAGGCAUUGUCAUAUGCCGAGUUGAAUCAGCUAUCUGAUGAAUCUUGGAUGGAGUGUGCCUCCUCUGAGAUGGAAUUGGCUAUCAAAGCACUGAAAUCGAUGCAAAUGGAAAAUAAUCCGCCAGGGGAGACCCUGAGCCUUAGCGAGGCACUAUUUCGAACCUUGACAAAAUUUGCUUCGUGGCAGAAAAAUAUGGGGAAAAUCGAUGGAGCAAUUGCCCUCUACAAGGAAAUUCUCGAAUUCAAUCCUCAGGAGCACAGAAUUCGUUCAGAUCUUCUUAAGAUUCUUUGUGCUGAAGACAAAAAUGACGAAGCAAGCAGUGUGAUGUUUGAACUCAAAGAUUGGGUCUUGAACUCUCAACAACAGCCUGAUAUGAGGGAGUUCUCCGAAUUCCUUCUUGACAUAGCUAAGAACUUGGACUUGACUGACCUAUUCCGCGGUCAAAAUUCUUUAUAUUAUGUCAUUAAUCUAGCACGUUCUAGCACGGUAUCGAGCGAAAUUACACUUGAAGCAUUCGUCGAAGCAGCAACUCGAGCAGAAAACGAAUUACAUCGUGCAGUCUUGCUAAUUUACGAGGGUCUUUUGAUUUCUAGAGGCGUUGAAACGAAUUUAGAACAAUUUCGACAUUCACUCAAUCGUUGGAAUAGUUGCAGGCACAUCCUAAAUCUUUUAUCCGAUAAAUCUUUCGAGCAUUAUGUGCUGCUUCACGCUACUUUGCGGUUUCAAUUAAUGGCACAUUUCCAACUUGCUAUCAUAAGUAGACAGAACAAUCACCAUCUACUUAACGAACAGAAAUUGUUGGAUGCACUAGAAGCCGAGAAAAAUGAUUUGCCGGUCGAUUUAGCUUGGAUGUGGAAAUCAAUUCUUUUAUACACCAAAAAGCCGCUACUUGCAUCAUACUAUUCGCAGUUCAAGGACUUCGCCAAAGCACGAAAUAUGUUCAGAGAUGAUAUGGUCACUGCGAUAGCUAUAUUAGAAGAUGACGAUCCAGAAAAUGAUGUAAUUGGGUAUCAAAGUUUGACAUUAAUCCUUACAGAUGCUUUGAUACGAAAUAAUGAUGAUGGCGAUGGUCUAGAAGAACAUCCUAUUGAAAGUAGCAGAAAUGGACCAAUAUACAUGUCAUGUGAAGGUGCAUGCGGAAAAGAGUGGACAUACGCAGAUGAUUUCUAUUUUAAGAAAAACCGCUUGGCCAGAUGGAUUUGUCGUCCUGAACAUAGUUGGUUACAUGUUCCACCAUGGAAUGACGAGAAUGUAGCCGGCAAAGGAAUGGUAAGGGUAAUGGAUGAGUCGGGUAGUCCAAAGGAGGUGAAAAUUAGUGAUUGGAUCAAGGAUCUGAAAAGAAUCUGGGAGAUCGAGUAA